UUGCCCUCCUCGUUGCCGAGGGCGCUUUCCAGUUCUCACAUCGACGCUACAAGGCCCUGCCAAAUGGCGAAGGAAGAAAGGAAAUUCGACGCUAUCAUCAAACUAGCUCUCCUCCGGGCUCGGAUCCACGGCGCUGGUCACUUGGCAUUCCCACCCAACUGAUCAAUUUUGCAACUUUCCGCGCUCAGUUUGGUGCAGUGAUCCGUCAGGGCCCCUUCUCCAGCCACACUCGGGCACGCUGUGAAUCCAGGUUUUUGAAUAUUCCAGCGCGAUUGCUACAGUGCAAUGGACGCAGCUAUGCUGAAGUACGUGCUAGUAGGCGGAGGUGUUGCAGGGGGAUACGCAGCGCGGGAAUUUGUAAAGUUGGGUGUGAAUCCUGGAGAGCUUGCAAUUUUCUCCAAAGAACCGGUUGCGCCCUAUGAACGGCCCGCCUUGAGCAAGGCAUACUUGUUUCCUGAAUCGCCUGCAAGGCUCCCUGGUUUCCACACAUGUGUUGGCAGUGGUGGAGAGAGGCAAGCACCGGAGUGGUAUGCUGAUAAUGGCAUUGAUCUUCACUUGAGCUCCGAGAUUGCUAAGGCAGACACAAAGAGCAAGACCAUUACAACUGCGCAAGGGAAAACUUUUGAAUAUGGUUCACUUUUGAUUGCAACUGGCUCUACAUUUAUUAACCUGGCCGACUUCAAGACUCCUGGAGCUGAUGCUGGAGGUAUUCACUAUCUGAGAGAAAAAGAUGAUGCCGAUAAGCUGGUGGAAGAGAUUGGAGCCAACAAAGGAGGCGAAGCUGUGGUUGUCGGAGGAGGCUACAUCGGUGUGGAAUUGGCUGCGUGUCUUGCCCUCAACUCAAUCAGGGUGACUAUGGUGUUCCCUGACCCACAUUUCAUGCCUCGCUUGUUUACACCGGAAAUAGCUUCGUUCUACGAAAGCUAUUACAAGGCAAAGGGUAUCAACAUCAUCAAAGGAACAUCCGUGACUGCGUUUGAGAAAGAUGAUCAGGGCAAUGUGGUGAAGGUAAUCCUGGGAGAUGGCCGGUCGUUGUCAACCAACCUUGUAGUAGUGGGUAUUGGUGCCAGACCUAACCUAGGACCAUUCAAAGGCUUGCUGGAGGAAGAAAAAGGUGGCUUCAAGGUGGAUUCUUCUUUCAGAUCAAGCGCGGAAGACGUGUAUGCAGUCGGUGAUAUUGCAACAUUCCCAUUAAAGAUGUAUGGUGACAGGCGACGUGUCGAGCACGUGGACCAUGCCCGGAAAUCAGCUAUCCAAGCUGUUCAGGCCAUCAAAGCCGCUGAGAAAGGCGAAACUGUGGACGACUACGACUACCUGCCCUUCUUUUACUCACGAUCUUUCGACCUCUCAUGGCAAUUCUAUGGAGACAAUACUGGUGAUUCUGUCGUCUGGGGUCUAGAUGGAGCAAGCGCUUCAGGCUCCAAAUUCGGCGCCUACUGGAUAAACGAUGGCAAAGUAGUGGGUGCAUUUUUGGAGGGUGGGUCUCCUGAUGAAAACAAGCUUCUUGCCAGAGUUGCACGACAGAGGCCCUCAGUGAGCAGCAAGAAGGAUCUGAUCUCUGGCGGCUUGGAUUUUGCCGCGAAGAUUUAGAGGUUUUCUAGCUAAUCCACACGACUUGUUUAGAUUUUGUAAAGAAUAGAGUCUGUCUCAUUUAAUAAAUUAAUGCAUAUUCGAAAAAUUCUAUGAA